UGGUGUAACGUGGAACGGUACCGCGCGCGAUCAUCGGCGCGCCGGCCGAACCGAGGGGUUGCAUUCUCUUUCUCCUCUCUUUUUCUUUCUUUUUCUGUCCCUCUCUCUCUCUCUCUCUCUCUCUCUGUCCCUCUCCUUCUCUCCUUCGCGUGCGUAUGAUAUCGCGGGUUUCUCGCGACUUCUUCGAGAAACGUCCGAUUGUCGUGGUACAGCGACGCGACGGUGAGAUAAGACCACCUCUGUUGGUCGUGCGCGUCGGAGUCGGUAAUAGAUAGGCGUGCGAUCCGCUACACUGCGGUCAUUAUCACGUGAAGAGGAGAAACUGUUCAAUCGUUCCCCGCUGAUCCUCUAAACUAAACGCGACUGACGUUUUUUUUUUUACACAAGGACUCUUCCGUUCGUUAUACCCCGUGCAAUUCUCAAUCGUGAUGCUAUCCAACUAAUUCGCGAUGCCACAUAUGAUUAUAUGAAGAAAUUGUUUCUUCUGGAAAGCAUACGUAACUGCAAUUGACAAUUUGAUCCUGACGUUCCACGGAGUAAGAAGAUUAAACAAGAAGAUACCGCGUGAAGAAAAGGACAAAAAGGACGUUGGUAGCGUCGAGAAAGAGAAGUGAAGAGCCCGUGAGAGUUAUUUAAAUCCGCUCCUCGUCACGUCUGAGGAGUCUGUCGUUACUGCGAGAAAUUAGUCUAAAUGUGUUCGAUAGCGAUGCCUGCUGAAUUGAUUUUACACAGCCCCCCGGUGUACAGUUCCCUGCUGUACAGCCCCUUGGUGGUCACGGCGCCCACGAUCACCAGCCGAUCAGUGCCACCUAGAAUCAGACCGUGCCUCUCUACGGGAUCCUUGCCCCUGGACUCAUUGCGAAACAACGAUGGAAAACAAAAGAAACGGGUGGUGUUCGCUGAUGAUCGCGGCCGACCCCUCACACAGGUUCGCGUCAUGUCAGAACCGAGCAACGUACCACCAUUAUGGAGCACAGCUUACGUGGCUGGUCUACUCGGCAUAUCGAAGGAUCAGAGUCAAGAAGCGACACAGGAUAUUACGCCACCGUGGCAGGUGACUUUCCCGCAACCAGCAAGCGACUAUCUUGCCUUCCGGCGUAAGCUCGAUCAAAAUAACGUUAGCCUGGAGAACGUAAUCGUGCGCGAGUCCGAGCAGUGCUUGGUGGGCACGGUGAAGGUACGAAAUCUGGCUUACGACAAGGAGGUCGUUGUGAGGGCCAGUAGCGACAGCUGGUCUACCCACGAGGACGUGCACUGCACGUACGUAGCACAACCGGGGUCAUCGAGUUCCCUCAUCCUGUACGACACCUUCCGCUUCCGGCUCACCUUGCCAGUGGCGUCGAACGUCAUUGAGUUCUGCGUGAGAUAUCGUACCGACGGCAGGGAGUCGUGGGACAAUAACGAGGGCAAAAACUAUCUGGUUAGCAAAAAACAGGAGCCUCGAGUACCAGCCGCACGAUGUGAUAACAGCCAGACGACGAAAUGCGACGGGCUCUCCAACGGAACGAGGAACGGCAGUGUGCCGCAGAUCGCGGAAGCUACCAGGUUAAAUAUGCGUACCUGGAGCGAGUUCGCAUCUUGGCAGCACCUGACCAACGAUGCGCCCUAUUGGUGAAUCGACCGGCGAUGAGGUCGUGCCCCCUCGUCUCGAUAUCGAAAUCAUGUACGAAGCUGUACAAACUCCUCCAGUUUUUCUCACCUCGGCGACUUCGCCGAGACGUAGAUCACGCGGGACCACGAGCAGGAGGCAUCUCGCGAGGCACGUGAGUCGCCAGGGACGUGGGAACGGAGAGGAAUAAACGCGAGGACGUGAGGAGAGAAGCUGUGCGACGAUUCUCGAAUUGAGAACUCGAAUUGAGGAAACAAGAGCGCGCGCGUGCGAGAGAAAGAAACAAUCGGCAGAGCAAUGAUAGCACGGGCAGCGGAGCCGGACGACGCCGAGCGUCGGAUAACGCAAUCUACACGGUUUUAGCAUCCGCGUCAUUGUAAGACCGGUUCAUGAAAAUCAUUCAACGUCUGCCUUCAGCUAUAACAUCAGUGACCACGCUCGCCAAUGCGGACAUCAUCGUCGCAUAUUAUCUUCUCAAACGUUCUCUUCUUCCUCCUCCGUUUCUUCAUUCCUGGGAUUUUCGGCCCGCCUGUGAACAGGAGUCCGUCUUGAGCUUCCACCCUCGACUUGAUCCAAAUCUCGCUGGUCUCGUCAUAUCGGCCAAUGUUAUAGUUCUGUAAGCGCUUUCUCCAUUUCUUCCUUCGUACACUUCUUCCUCUUUCUCUUCUUCUCUUCUCUUUUUCUAUCUUUCAUUUCUUCCUCUCGGCACUGUCAAUACUAUCUUCUCUGCGAAACACAAAUCAUCGCCCGAGUGUGUCAAUUAUUUUUUACGAGCAUAACGGGAGAUAGGAAACGCGCGUAGGUCUCGUGAGGUAACUAGCAUUGCGAGAUUACUGCACAAAAUAUUGUAUUGCAAUGUGCCUUAGAGUGCCUUAAGGAAUUAUAGAGGUUUGUCUCAUAAUGCUCAGCGUCGCCCAAGCAAUGUAAGCUCAUAAAACGAUCCUUGCAAGCGUCUUUCUACAUUCUUUAAGCCUAUAUUAUUGCGUUAUUUGAACAAACAAUCGUAUCAUCGUUAUCGAGUCGUCGAAAAAUUUUAUUAUUAACAACUUAAGCGAGAAACAUAAGGCAGGUACCGUUCGUAGUCGAUGUGAAUUAGUAGGAAACGACGAGAUGAUAACUGUUAACGGCAUGUUUAUUUUGCGACCGAUGCUAUAUGCCGUUUCUUUUAUAGUUCCUCUUUCGACACGUACCGUUUCAUUCGAUUAGAGAGCAAUAAAUCAUAGCUUCGCACGGUGGACACGAAAUUUUGACGGUCGUUACACCGCACUUUUAGAAUAUCCGAAUCGAGAAGAUAAACGAUACCAGAUAUAUCUUGUGAAAUGUUGAACUACUAAUUUAAAGCGCAACUAUAUCUAUAUGUAUUUUAACUACCUUUGGCUUUCACUUUUCACAAAGAAUUUUUUAACGAAGAUUUAUGUCUUAUAUACAUGUAUAUACAGAGUUGAGCGUAUACGUGAUACAUGUAUGUACACACGCGUUUUGCGAACCAUCUGCUUGCUUGAAUCAACGCGUUUAAGCAAGUAGAGUUUCAAAAUAAAUAGAACAAGCGAAUGAACUGCGAUAAUAGCGAAUGAGCCUAUCGACGUACAUCUCGAUUACGUCGUAUACAAAUGAACGCUGAAAUAUACGCAAUCGGCUAUUAAUUCGUGAAUAUAUGUAAAAAGAAACUCUAUGAUAAAUGUGAAUAUGAGUUGAAUUAUCAUAUGCUUGAUAUUUUCUUCUGAGGUGACUUUGUAAAAAGCUUGCGUAUUGUUUUGAUUGUUGAGACGUCAGUUUUAUUCAGGUAUUCACGAGCUAGUAGUCAGCGCGAUUGCAAAUGCUCGCGUCGAAAUAGCAACAACGGAGUGGAGUAUGAAUGCUUGUGAACUCAUGAAUCUUUCGAUACUUUUUGGCAUCAAGCAUUUCUUGCCGAUCAAUUCUUAUCUCGUAUCUGGUGGGCUUCUACAUAUGGAGCAUCCUAUAGAGUUUCUUUGAAGUCACUUCUAACUCUAGCUCUUCCAGCACGUUCAAAACGCUGCCACUUCAAUGUCUGUACUUCUUCAAGCCUCUCGUUUGAAAUUAAAUGCAUGUCUCUCUAGCUACUGUGUGGCUUAGCACGCACGGAAAUACAAUGCCACCCGCAUUGUUA